UGAACAGUACUCAUGCUACAGUAUAUAUGUGAAUUACUGUUUACCGUCUCAAAAGUACUGUUUAUCCGUGACUUUGAUUUUUCGGGUGAGAGGAUCCGUUUUUGAAAGAGGUACACCAUCUCUGGUAAAAUUUCUUGUGGAACUCGUAAUUGCAAACUUGCCUGAAGGCAGCAAGAGAGCGAGCGAAGCGAAGGGCGGGGGAGAAGAGGAGCCGGCAGAAGAAGAGCUGCCAAGAUGCCGUUGGGGAAGUACUACUGCGACUACUGCGAAAAGCAGUUCCAGGACACCGCCGCCGCCCGCAAGCGCCACCUCCAGGGCGCCCAGCACAAGCGCGCCCGUGCCCUCUGGUACGACUCCAUCCGCCACCAUGACCAGCACGGCGGCGCUUCUACCCUCCUCCUGCCCGACGGUACCCUCGCCAAGGGCAUCUGCCACCACUUCGUCCGCACGGGGACAUGCAAGUAUGGGGAUUCAUGUAGAUACAUCCAUCCGAGGUCAGAUGCUGUUAGUCCGGCAUUAGCUGCAUCUGAAUAUAUUGCCGAAUGGGUGCAAUUUGGGGGCUAUUUUGAUAUCUGCAACCCAAUACUCCCUCUGUUUCUUUUUGGCCUGGGCCUGGAGCCAUGGUGCAGCAGCCUAAUCUUCUUGGCAGUCAACCCAAUUUUGGUGGAUACCAGGCACCAGAAAGGAAUUCUUUCUCAGAGCUCCCAGAGCAGUUCUCAAAGUGGAAUCAGUGGGAGCUAUGUCAAACGGCAUUUUGCAGUUUUCAACUCUCAGAGUGAUUCCCUGAAAUGAACUAUAGUUGGGAACAUACUAGGGGGGCACACCUCAUGGGGCAACUUACCGCCGUCGCUGCAACCUCCUCCUGAAGGCGGCUAUCCUUCCCUUCCUUUCGUCGACUGGGGCUGAAGCGUCGUUUCUCUGGAAUUCGUACCGUUUUACAUGCUGUACAUUGACUGUCUAUGCCGAAACUUCAUUCAGGGCAUGCGGUAGAUCGAACAUGCAAUGGGGAUUCCAAUCCCACCUGCAUCCUGUGUGCUAGUGGGUUAUUCUGGCAGUAAGAAUGUUAGAUAUAUAGCUGCCAUCCGUAUACAAGUAAGACUUGUACGUCCGGUGAACACUGAACAGUGCAUCAGGCUUUCACUUGAAAUUGGGCUCCGGCUGUAGGUUCUGUCU